AUGCGCCUCGCAACUCCAAUGAGUCGCUCCCAUGAUCCUCCCAUGUGUGAAGAGUAUGGGGAGUUGAACAGCCAUGUGCAUCCUUUCUCCAGCAGGAAGCGCGUACGUGCGCAGCUUCACGUCAGACCCCCCCCAGAUGACAGUGAUGAUAGUUGUCUCUGUCACAGUGCAGGCAGCGAUGAGGAAUAUUUACCCAAGCCAGGUUAUGAUGAGAGCAGCAGUGAGAGUGACAUGAGCAGAAGUGAAGAAGAAAAUGUUCCUAAGCCAGAUGGUGAUGAGAGCAGCAGUGAGGAGGAGGUUGUCACCACCAGUGGCCAAGCAGCAAGACAGAAGCAAAAGAGACCAAACAAAGAAAAAGUGGCGUGGAAGACUGUGAAACAGACUCAGAGCUCUGCAAAAAAUGUGCCCAUGUGGCAAGGUGCUCUCCCAGACAAUGACUCAAUCAGACUGCCAAGAAGAGGCCAAAAAGAGGGGGCGGCCCUCAUCGGACAUGGAGCGAGAGUUCCAGAAGAAGCAGCGCAGGGGACCAACUAAAGCUAUUCCCACACAAGAUGUCCGUGCUGAUGGAGUGGGUCACUGGCCGCAAAUUGACAGUGUGCGGCAACGCUGCAAAUUUCCAAAGUGCACGGGCCACACAAGCAUUGAGUGCACAAAAUGUGACGUUCACCUGUGCCUAAGACUAAAAACUGCUUCUGUGCAUUCCACGAAUAAGA